CAGCUCUCAUCAGCCCAUCGCACCAACUCUUCCGCAUCGAGCCAAGUUAAGUCGACUCUACUUCCACCCAGCCGAAGCCCAUGGGCUCUGCCCUCUGUCCGUUUACAUAACUGUGUGUACACAACCAUAAAGGACCGGUUGUUGUCAGGGACUAUUUAACACCUUUCUCUUCUCUCUUUUCUUUUCAUCCUUUUCCCUUCUACUACUUACUGCCAUUUAUUUCAUCAUCAUCAUCUUCGCCAAGCGCUACUUCCUUUUCUACAUUCUUUCACCCACCAAUCGCCACCAGUCCCUAUCAGUCCCCACCAAUCCCCAUCAAUCCCUUUUUGAAUAUAUUUCUCCACCAUCCCUCUUCUCUUUACGUUUUUUUUUUCUUUCUCUCUCUCUCUCUCGCAAAAUAUGUUCACCCAGCAGUUUCCGCAGUCUUCACAGCCCAUGAGAUUGCAGUUCCCGACAAACUAUCACCUUCAACAGCAGCAGCAGCAUCAGCAUCAGCAGCAGCCACAGCCACAGCCACAGCAGUCCAUGCCCAUGCCCAUGUCCUUCAAUAACCAGCAUCACAGUGGCAACAACGCGGGCACGCCCAACAACUCCUACGCAGGCACCAUCGACCCCGGUCUCCUGCAAGUGACCAUGAACCGCAUGGACACCUCCCAGCUCCAGAACAUGAACCCGCUUUUCCCUUCGUCCUCGGCCACCUCCCUCAAUUCUCUUGGCAACCCCAAUAGUCACCAUCCAGCCGCCCUCGGCCGCUCUGGACUUGGAAGCAAGCGAAACAGCAGCAAUUCCACGACUAACCACGCCAUCAAGCAAGAGACCGGCUCUCCAGACUUUUUGGCCUCUGAGAUGGACUUUGGCGAGCCCAGCAACAUGCUCUCGCCCGGUUCAAGCUCGCCCUUGAACUCGCCCAGGAACGAUUUCGACAGUCCCGACGAUUUCGGUACUACGAUGGGUUCCCACGCAAAGCCCUUGCCAAUGAACAUCCAACACCAAAACUCCUAUGGCGAAUCUCCAGGAAACGGCUCGCUCUAUUCGCCUGUCGAGUCCGACUUUUUCCCCGAGGGCGAUUUCAGUCUGCCGACGAGUUCGCGUCCGCUCGACAUGAAGUUUGGCCGCCAUAUGCAUCCGGGAUCGGUCCCCAACACAAGCAACCCGUUUCACAGCAUGUCUAUGCCCGUCCCUCGAUCAGACUGGUUUGGUGCUGCAGAUGGCCAUGCCGUGGGAUCUUUCGAGAACCCAUCUGGCCUUCAGUUUGCGCCUGGCGAGAUGACGGGCAUGAUGAGCAGCCUCUUUGAGGACGAAGGAGAACAAAAGUAAGUUUUUUUUGUGCACUUUCAAUUGAAGUUUCUUUUUUUCCUUUUCUUUUUUCAUGGGAUGGCGAUGGCGCUGGUGGAGAAUAUCAAUCGGCGGAGCAAACCUUAUAGCAUUGGUUUGUACAAUGGUGCCACGAGGGCCAAUGGGGGCUACAGCAUAGGUUGGAC